AAAUAAGAAAACAAAUAACAAUAAUUUCAUAUUUUAAUAUACUUACUAUAAAGAAUACUACUAACAAUAACAUCUCUUACACCAAAACAGUAACUAUUUAAAAACAGAUUUUUAAACAUAUUUUAACACAUUUUAUUGUUCUGCUAUUUGUUAUUAAAAAAAAAAUGAAAAACUUUCAAAAGUUUAAAAUUUUAAUAAAAGUUUUUAGUCUUACAUUUUUAGUAAUUUUAAUAAUUAAACAGAAUUUCCUUGUUAUAAUGAAUAACUGGAUGUUACAAUUCAAUCACAAUACUUUAAUUAAUAAUCAAGUACAACUUAUUCCACUGAAAGAUUAUAAUUUUCUUAAAAAUUAUACAAUAAGUGAAUUAAAUGAAUUAAAUCAUGAAAACUAUAUUAAAAAUCCGGUUUUAGCAGUUGAUAAUAUUGCACAAUGUGAGAUUAAAACAGAUAAUGAUAGGAAUCUGCUAUUCUUAGAAACAUGUUUUGACACCUUGGUUAAUGAGCUCACUCAACAGUUGAAUCCAAGUUCUUCUUUAAGUGACUACAUGACAAUUCCAGUCUCACUUUCAACAGUUUUUGAAACACCAGAACCAGAUAAUAGAAAAUUUUACUGCUCACUCUUAAACUGUGAUGAUUCAAGAUGCUACUCCUAUGUGAGAUGUGAUGAAACCUGUGAACUAGUUCCAAUUCACUUAACUGGUUUUAGAAGAAAUUUAAUUGUUUAUUGUUCUGGUCAUUGCAUUUGUCCAAAGGUUUAUUUAUUUGACUAAAAUUAUUCCUUAUUUAUAUUAGAUGUUUUCAACAGAGACAUUCAUGGACAUUAAUGUACUUUGGAAUAAAAGAUUAUGUGCAAAAUUUUUCUACUUUCCAAUCUCCUUCUGUUAUUCAAAGACUUUUAUUAGAUCAUCAAGAUAUUUGAAAUUGAUUUUCUAAAAUAAAAUGUUUUAUUUCCUACAAAGAUAAAUUAUU